AUGAGCAAAGUUUACACUUACAAGCAAGUUUCUGAACACAACAAAGAAGGUGACUGUUGGAUCAUCAUUGAUGGUUCUGUCUAUGACGUCUCUAAGUUUCUAGAUGAACACCCAGGUGGUGAUGAAAUUAUCUUUGAACACCGUGGUACCGACGCUACCGGUGACUUCGUUGACAUUGGUCACUCUGAUGAUGCUUUGAAGAUUCUAAAGACUUUGAAGAUUGGUGAAGUUGAUCCAAACAGUGAGCGUGUUGUCAUUGACAACAGAGAAUCUGAUAUGGUACAAAAGUCCACCGAAGGUGGUGGUAAGUUGGUUAUUGUUCUAGGUCUACUAGCACUAGCUGUUGCUUACUACACUCUAAACUAG